CCACACACGAGAUUGCAGGCUUCAGUUUAUUUGGGUAGCAGUGUAGCAGACACAAGUAAUUAGGAGUCGCGAUGGGCGACACGGUGGAUCGCGUAGUCGGUGGCGUGCUGGUUCUGAUCGCGCUUACUGUCUUCUCGUACUACAGCGUCUGGGUUCUCGUCACGCCGUUUCUCCCAGACGGUCAUUUCAUCAACGCCCUCUUCCUCCCGCGCAUCUAUGCCGUGCUCAUCCCCGCGGCUGCCGCUGUGCUGAUGCUGGGCUUCGUCCUCGUUUUCUUCGCUGUGGUGCUGCUGGGGCAGAAGAGUAAAAAGGCCAAAUCUAGCUGAUACUGAUAUUGAUGCACCACCACACCACCCUCCUGCGCAUCUACCGUAUGCCGUGCUCAUCCCCACCGAUGCCGCUGUGUUGAUGCUGGGCUUCGUCAUAUUCUUGGCUGUCGUGCUGCUGGGGCAGAAGACUAAAGAGGCUGAAUCCAGCUGAUACACUCUCACCAGCCCGUUCCAAAUAAGCUCCCUACGGAUGUGCCUUGUUUUAUUGACUCUUGUAGAGUGCAUCUUGUACUAUACCAGUAAUCAGUAGCAGUUUGGGUGGGGAGGGUGCCAACAAACAUCAGCACUGCAUUUCGAAUGCGUCAGUGGCUACAGCGCAUGACACUAAGGAGUGUGGCUUACUAACCUUUCCAUAGUCGCCUGUACCCCUGAGAAGAGAAGGGUUGUUUUUUCUGCCAGUGCCUAGGUUGU